AUGAAUCAUCCUCGUAUAUUUUGUGUUAAAUUACAACUUCAUUUUGGUGGUGAUGUUCAUGAAAUCAAUGUACCAGCUUAUAAUGGAGCAGAACCGACUGUACUUGAUUUAAUGAAUGUUAUUGAACGUGAUUUUCGUGUUCCAAAAGCGUUGCAAACAAUUGUAUUUACUGGACAAGAUUUACAUCAAUAUCCAAAUGAACCAUUAAGUCGUUUUGGUAUUAAAAAUUUGGCAACAAUUCGAUUAGUUGGACGAAUGGCACCACCGAAUAUGAUUAAUCAAAUUAAUGCUGAAUUAGGUAUGAAUAAUGGACGAAGUGGUGAUUCUUAUUAUCAACAAUCAUCAUAUGGAUCAAAUGGUUAUCAACAACAACCACAAUCGCAAAUAUUUUCAUCCAAUAAUGGUAGUAGUGGUUGCGGAUUAUGUUAUGGGAAUGAACCAUCCUCUAUUCAAUAUUAUAAUCAAGAACAACCUUAUUAUCAAGAACAUCAACAAUUAAAACAAGAUUCAACAAAUGAAAAGCCACUAACACCUAAAACACCCAAGCCAUCGACACCAGCUCAAGGAGGACCAUCAAUGAUGACACAAUCAACACAAUAUGAUCCACCAACAGAAGAUGAACAACAACAACAACAACAACCACAAAAACAAACUGAAUAA